CUAAGCCUUGCUGGUCCUUUGACUCCACUGGGACAAUUGCAGAGUGGAGUCAGAACACCAGCCCAAAGGAACACAAAGAAAGCAGCACAGCACAUCCUCUUGCUACUACCCCUGGUGCAACCACCUGACCACCGUCUCUCUCCCACUCAGGCUUCCUGAAAUGGAUGUCACCCGCCUGCUCCUGGCAACCCUGCUAGUCUUCAUGUGCUUCUUCACUGCCUACAGCCACCUACCACCUGAGGAAAAGCCCAAAGAUGACAGGAGCCUGAGGAACAACUCCUCCGUGAACCUGCUGGAUUUCCCUUCUGUCUCUAUAGUGGCUCUGAACAAGAAAUCCAAAAAGAUCAACAGAAAAGAAGCAGAAAAGAAGAGACCUUCUAAGAAAGAGGCUUCGAUGAAGAAGGUGGCGCAGCCCCGGCCCCGGCCGCCCGGGCCCUGCGUGGCCACCCACUACAGCUGCAAGCCGCCGGCGCCCGCAUGCUGCGACCGGUGCGCCUACUGCCACUGCCGCUUUUUCCGCAGCGCUUGCACCUGCCGCGUGCUCAACCCUUACUGCUGAUCGCGCGCGCCCUGUCCCGCGCAGCCGCCGGGCUUCGGGGACACCGGGCACUUCUCGGGCGGGUGAUCGCGGGUCUGGGGUCGGAGUGACUUUCCAGGACCGGGUGUGGG